CCAUGCUGUACACUCUUCUUCUAGAGAUAGAUUUGUAAUAAAUCACUUUUAGGUACAUAUACCAUCUAGUGCAUCACAAUGUAUCAAACUAUAAAGGUUUUGGGAAAUUCAGGCUUUAUUGAGUGUUUUCUUUUGUCCUCUGAUCCGUGCAGACAGCAGCUGGAAGAGAAGCCCCUCUGGCAAACAGAAUGACCGAAGGCGUAGAUGUUCCUCAGACCCCAAGGACCACAGUAAGCAAUGGCUCCAUCACCCACCAGGCAAGAGCCAUUGUGGAUGUUAGCCAAAGCCCUGAGACAUGGAGCAGGACUUCCUCUUCACAUCUUUCAGAUACAGGGCCAGGCCAAGGCCAGGAACAUAGCUACGAGCCUGAGGAUCAGGAUGAUCAGGAUGUAGAAUUCUCCAGCCUCCAUGAGGGGUUGCAGUGCCACACAGGAGUAGCAGGAGAGCAACACAGUGGACAUCUGGCACCUGAUGGAGGCUGGGGCUGGGCUGUACUGACAGCUACUAUCCUGGUCUUGGCACUCACACUUGCCUUCCCCUCCUGCAUUGGCAUCUUUUACACAGAUUUGCAAAAAGAGUUCCAGGCGAGCAACUCUGAAACAUCCUGGGUGCCAGCCAUCAUGACAGCAGUACUACAUGCAGGAGGCCCUGUAUGCAGCAUUCUCGUGGAGUGCUUUGGUUGUCGUGCAACGAUAAUGGUGGGUGGGAUCCUGAGUGGAAUCGGGAUGGUAGUCAGCUCUUUCGCUCAGACCAUGGCAGACCUGUACAUUGGCACUGGAGUCAUCACAGGACUGGGAUUCUGCUUGUGCUUCCAGCCAUCAGUCACCAUGGUGGGCCAUUACUUUGUACGCCGCCGUGCCUUUGCCAGUGCCCUCUCUUCCACAGGAACAGCGCUGGGACUAGGCACUCUGCCCUUGCUGGCCAACUUUCUGCUGGGGCAGUUUGGCUCUCGAGGCAGCUUCAUGGUGCUAGGUGGAGUAGUGCUCAACUGCUGUGUGUGUGGGGCUGUCAUGAGGCCACUUGGGGCCAAAAUGAAGGUGAAGGAAAUGCCAAUGCAGUCAGUAAAUCCACAGGGUAAAACCAGUGGUCUUCUUGCAGAGCAGGAGCAAACGGGGCUGAAGGGGCGUCUGCAGAGCAACCUGUCAACCCUAGUGCCCUUCCUGUAUAGGCAUAUGGCUGUUGACUUGAUACGCACCCACCCACGCUUCCUUGCUUAUGCCUUGGGUGUGUCGUGGAUGAUGUUGGGCUUUUUAGUGCCACUUGUCUACCUGGUGCCUUACGCCACCGCACAUGGGAUAGAGCAGGAGGGUGCUGCUCUGCUUAUGGCUGUCCUCGGUCUGGUCAACAUCAUAGUAAGACCAACGGCGGCAUUGUUCUUCGGACUUAAGCGCUUCCGUGGAAGCCGCCAAUUUGUCUACGUGUUCGCCUGUGCCCUCUUGGUCAAUGGCCUGAGCAACUGUGUGUGUGGUGCGGUGACCAGUUUCCAUGCACUCCUGGGCUAUGUGCUGGUGUUUGCUGCUUCCAUGAGUAUCGUGGGCUCACUGCUCUACACUGUGUUAAUGGAGACGGUGGAGAUGAGUCGUUUUCAGUCAGCCCUGGGCCUCAUCUGCAUCAUGGAGAGUGUCAUGCUUCUUCUGGGCCCACCUCUAGCAGGAAUGUUGGCAGAUUUUACUGGCCAGUACAGCUACGUGUUCUUCUUCUGCAGUGUGUCUGUUUCCACCGCUGCCCUCUUUAUUAUGGUGUCUUUCUACUGGCUGGACAGACAAAGUAACAAGGAAGAGAAGAGGCCUUUCUCUGAAAACAGAAACAAUUUGAAACCCAGUAUCAGUCUGACUUCUGAUGUUGGAGACAACCAAGUGCCUUUACAGAGGAAGAAGGUCCAAGACACGGAUACUGCCACUAAUGUUUAAAUGAUACAGUGUAAAAUGCAUUUCUGCAUACUACCACUAGAAUUUCAGACCAUACAGGAAUGCACAUGGAUAUUUUCCUUGCCAUUCAUGUUCUCAUUUUUUAGUCAUGGAUACUGGCCUUCAUUUCCCAUUCAAGCAGCUCAGUGGUGAAGGUUUAUAUUUGCACAUAAUGGAAUUGACAU